AUGUCCUCCAGCGAUCACCCGGAGUCUGGGGUGCCCGGAGCCACGACUUCUCCGCAGCAUGUUGAACUCCAACCGACCGCGACCGCGAUCAACGAGCCUCCGUCCGCUCCCACAAGUGCUGACCCCCCUGUCGCCGGGUCCGAGGUCGAGACCGAAGCCACUACUUCUGUCGCCCCAGCCAAAGACGCCCAGUCAGGUGCUGCGGUCGACGAGAACCACCCCGCCAGCGGUGGCGACUCCCUCGUCGCCCCCAUGACAGCAACGACUACCACCACCACCACUCCCGUAAACGACAACCAAACCCCCCUCAGAGGAUGUUUCAGGAAGGAGAUGGAGGAUACCGGUCCCUCGCUCCACAUUACCCUGCUGUUGACGACGGGUUCGCGACACCCUUUCACAAUCGAUGGAAAGUACCUCAAGAAGCGAGCGAUAACCGUCGAGAACAACGAUCCUUUUGCCAUCAGCGUCUAUACCCUGAAGGAAUUGAUCUGGCGAGAGUGGCGAUCAGACUGGGAAACUCGUCCUUCGUCACCAAGCUCUAUCCGCUUGAUCUCUUUCGGUAAAUUGUUAGAUGACAAGUCACCUCUAUCUGACUCAAAAUUCAACCACGAUGCCCCCAAUGUCGUACAUAUGACCGUAAAGCCACAAGAAGUCGUCGAUGAGGAAGAUGCGAAAGGAGCCAAGGCACAGUACAGUCGCGAGCGCGAAGCCAGCGAGCGCAGCCCUGGUUGCCGUUGCGUCAUCUUAUAA